AUGUUAUUCAGUUCAGCAUCGUUUAUUGUUACACAUUCAUUAUUUAGACACUUGUUAGUAUUAUUCCUGUACUAUUCGGCUAGUUGUGUCAAAGGAAUCAGUGGAAAUUGUGAAACAGCUCAAUCUGUAAUCAUAUGUACCAAUGAAUUCCCAUCUAGUCAAUUUCUAAAUAAUUUAACUGGGAAAUAUGAAUUAAUCAUUAAAAGCGUUAAAACAAAAUUAAACAUAAAAUCGUUCGAAAAAUAUCAAGGCGCAAAGAUUACACGUUUACAAAUUGAAAAGUCAACAUUAUUCUCCAUUGAACCGAAAUUUUUUGCAACAUUCAGCGGUGAUAGUCUGGAAAGAUUAUCGCUUAGUAAUGUCGAUGGGACAUAUCGACUGGAUGCACAGUCGCUAGCUGGUCUUAGUGAAAAACUUAAAUUCCUACGAAUAAACGAUCAUAAUUUGAAUAUUAAUAAUAAUAUUGAUGAUUUUGUUAUACUGAAUAAAUUGACAAGUCUGUAUCUUGUACGUACCCAACUGACCAGUUUACCCGAUAACUUUAAACAAAUGUUAACACAUUUAGAAGAUAUUAAUCUAUCUGAAAAUAUGUUAACUUACAUGCCAUGGAAAUCACUAGCUGAACGUAUACAAAAUGACCAGUUCUUGAAGAUUCAGUUGGGUAAAAAUUUAUGGAAUUGUGAUUGUGGUAUAAAACCUUUAGUUGAAUUAAAGCCAGAAGCAAAAGCCAAAAUUUAUGAAUUCCGUUGCCAUACGCCUGAAAAUUUAAAAUCACGUGAAUUAUCUGGAUUAGCUGUUGAAGAUAUCUGUUCAGAGGAGUUGAGUAAUUCAGGAGGAUUGUCUGGAGACGACUACACAGGAAAUAACAAUGAAAAUCAUGCUGGCAUUGAUAAUUACAACAAUCCUACGGGACAGAAUUAUCCAGGGAAAAUUAAUAACAUAGAUGAUGUAUCGUCUGGAAAAGAUCUGAAGUCAGUCAAUACACGUGGUCAGAAUGAGCAGGUGUUGAGUACAGCUGGUGGUUUAUCAACUGAAAUGAUAACUGUUAUAGUCGCUAUUAUAGCUGUUGUCCUCGUUGUCAUCAUUGCACUCAUUGCUUAUUCUGUGCGUAAACGUUCACAGCGUAGAAAACAACAAGAAAGAAAUCUGGGAGUUUCACAUAAAACUAAUUCAUACUGUGCUGUUAUUGAACACAAUCCAUCGAGUCGUAUGCAGAGUGAAAAGCAAGUAUUCUCGCAUUCCCCGUACAACAAUCAUUCACGUGGUAUAUCACAACCAGAGAAAGAACCAUUAGCUCCUGGUUACAAUAAUAAUUACAGAGAUGGACGAUUAUAG